GCCUUAGGCGGCUCGAUGGUCGGGGUAGCAGCCAAUCAAUCGAGGUCACUUGCCAGCCUCGUUCUGGAAGCCCAAUACGACGCCGGCGGGGGCGGGCGCCGCGUAUAUAUAAGGGUUCGCGCAGCGUCGGUUGUAGCAGUCCGUGUGCCCGCUCUUCCAUUCUCGGUUUGGACCUGCUGCCCGCGCCGCCGCCGCCAUGAGGGAGAUCGUGCACCUGCAGGCCGGGCAGUGCGGAAACCAGAUCGGCGCCAAGGUGGCAAGUACGUGCCCCGCGCCGUGCUGGUGGACCUGGAGCCGGGCACCAUGGACUCUGUACGCUCAGGGCCCUUCGGGCAGAUCUUCCGCCCCGACAACUUCGUCUUUGGUCAGAGUGGUGCUGGGAACAACUGGGCCAAAGGGCACUACACAGAAGGUGCAGAGCUGGUCGACUCGGUGCUGGACGUUGUGAGGAAGGAGGCCGAGAGCUGUGACUGCCUGCAGGGUUUCCAGCUGACCCACUCCCUGGGUGGGGGGACUGGGUCUGGGAUGGGCACCCUCCUCAUCAGCAAGAUCCGGGAGGAAUACCCUGACAGGAUUAUGAACACCUUCAGUGUGGUGCCCUCGCCCAAGGUGUCAGACACGGUGGUGGAGCCCUACAACGCCACCCUCUCGGUGCACCAGCUGGUGGAGAAUACAGACGAGACCUAUUGCAUUGAUAACGAAGCUCUCUACGACAUCUGCUUCAGAACCCUAAAGCUGACCACGCCCACCUACGGUGAUCUGAACCACCUGGUGUCAGCUACCAUGAGUGGGGUCACCACCUGCCUGCGCUUCCCAGGCCAGCUCAAUGCUGACCUGCGGAAGCUGGCCGUCAACAUGGUGCCCUUCCCCCGCCUACACUUCUUCAUGCCCGGCUUUGCCCCACUGACCAGCCGGGGCAGCCAGCAGUACCGGGCCCUGACCGUGCCCGAGCUCACCCAGCAGAUGUUUGAUGCCAAAAACAUGAUGGCCGCCUGUGACCCCCGCCACGGCCGCUACCUAACGGUGGCCGCCGUCUUCCGGGGCCGCAUGUCCAUGAAGGAGGUGGACGAGCAGAUGCUGAACGUGCAAAACAAGAACAGCAGCUACUUCGUGGAGUGGAUCCCCAACAACGUGAAGACGGCUGUCUGCGACAUCCCGCCCCGCGGCCUCAAGAUGUCUGCCACCUUCAUUGGUAACAGCACGGCCAUCCAGGAGCUGUUCAAGCGCAUCUCCGAGCAGUUCACGGCCAUGUUCCGGCGCAAGGCCUUCCUGCACUGGUACACAGGCGAGGGCAUGGACGAGAUGGAGUUCACUGAGGCUGAGAGCAACAUGAACGACCUGGUGUCCGAGUACCAGCAGUACCAGGAUGCCACGGCCGAGGAGGAGGGCGAGUUUGAGGAGGAGGCCGAGGAGGAAGUGGCCUAGGGCGCUCUGCUAGUGGGGAAGCGUGGAAGCGGUGUGAACUCUUUAUUCAUUCACAACCUGUUCUGAUACCAUGUUUCACUGUCUCACUUGCUGUCCUUCUGUCUCUCCUUACAUGCUGUACAGACAUCUCCAUUAAAGCGUUUUCAUAGUGUG